AUGGAGGAUCGAAGGAAAUGGCUGCUUCUCUCGGCAUGUGUGAGCAGUUUUCUGCUCGCAAGCUUCAUAGGAGGUGCUGCAGGAGAUGUACCUGACGGUGUCGUUUACACGGACCUACAUAAAACAGUCCAAAAAGGGAAAGAGAUCGUUCUAACUUGCGAGUUUUAUGCAGCCCCCGUUGCCGUCUACUGGAAGAAAGGAGAUGACCCAGAACGCGGAAUUGACCUGAUCUCGUGGGCGUAUGAGGAAGAGAUCUCUGGGUCAUGUGUUAACAACAAAGCGUGUCACAUGACGGAUGAUUACUCUCUGGUUAUCGAAGAUGCUCGAAUGGCAGACCAGGGGCGAUACAUAUGCCGUGUUUCGAAUUACCUUGGUAUUCUCAUUCACAACUUCACCGAUGUAAAAAUAUAUGGUACAUGCAGAUAUACCUGGAACGAAAGACGAAAAGACGGCGACAGUAUUGAUCAGAUCCCCUACAGUCCCUACACCACGAGAUUCACAUACGACACCCCUUUCAUUCCCGGCAACCCCAGCAAAUCCCUCGAUAACUGA